GACUUCUACCAUAGCGGGAGGUCAGCCAUCCAGGUAACAUGGGCACACACGUGGAGAUACAGGGGCAGCUGCAGGGGGCGCUGCAACCUUAUGGGUUCGAGAUAUACCCCUUCCAGGUCAGUUGGUACAAUGCCGUCCUGGAACCCACAUUUCAUCUGCCCUACCCUGGGGACACUUUGGCGUUUGUUGUACUUAGUGCCCCCUCCAUGUUUGAGAAGGCGUUUAGACCAUUCCUGUCUCAGCAGAAGCUGCAGAGCCUCCGGGACCCCAUAGACCAGUGUGUGGCGUACCACAUGGCGCUGGCCAAGGAGCGGUUGUUCCCCUCUCUCAAGGUGGAUGUGAUCUAUGACUAUGAGCUUCAUCCCAACAGGCGGCCCAAGGUUCUGAUGCAGACAGCAGCCCAUGUGUCUGGAGCAGCCUAUUACUAUCAGAGGAGGGAUGUGUCAGAAGAUCCCUGGGGAAAGAGGAAGAUGUACGGAGUCUGCAUUCACCCUCGAUUUGGCGGAUGGUUUGCCAUUCGCGCUGUGCUGGUGUUUACUGAAGUGCUGGCCCCGGAAUUGGAGCAGAUCCUGCCCAUAGACUGCCUGCCCAGCAGAGAGGACCGCAUCAGCCUACUGGAGAAUUUCAACUUUAACUGGCGGGAUGGGAAGUACCGGGAUGUGCUGCCGGCAGAGGAAAAGUACUCCGGGGAUCAGACGCUAUACUUCUCAACUUCACCUGCAGAGCGGCUGAAGCUCCUGGAACUCUGGGGUCAGCUGCACCCCAUCCCACCUUGUUGAAACUUCCCUUCACAAUGAAGAGUGAACGGGGUCUCAUGUUGAAAUCCCUAUAAUAUCACCUGCUGUCUAUAUAAUAAUCAUGUGUAUUUCAGGUGUUUCAGUCUUUGUCUGGAUAAUGAAGGUCUAUCCUGGUCGCUUACUCUGCAAAGACCCCAUCAGUGGUGCUUUUAUUUGUUGGAUUGGCCGCUUGUUGCAGCCAAAACGUUACAGGGGCCAAAUAGUUUUUAGGAAUCGCUAAAUCGGUUCAGCUUUGUAAGGGAUCCAGGUACAUUUUUAAUAUUUAUUUCUUUUGAACUGACGUGUAGUAUAGAUACAAGAUGAUCUUAUGGUUAAUACGGUAAGGUUGGCAGAAAUGGCACAUGCACACCGGUCUUAGCUUGAUGGUGUCAGAAGUGGGAUUGGGCCCAAUCAACCGCCAAAUAACAGUCAAACGUUUCACUGUAAAAUAAUGGAGUUUCUCUGAUUUGCUGCUGGAGAUGAUUUUAUGGAGGUGCUGCUGGUGACCUUUAGUGUAGCCAUAAAGCUAGCUGGUUUUAAAUUAUUGUGUGGGUUAAAUUAUUUAUUCGUUGAGAAAAUUCUGUAUUUUUAUACAUUUUAGUAAUAUUUUAUUUUGGCAAACCGGUGGAUAUUUUCCUGAUUAGAUGAUAAUAAAAGCUGCUGAAUAUUACAACAAA